GGCGGAGCGAUGGCUGCUGGGAGUUGUAGUCCGGACAUAGGCGCGCUCCUGGCUCUGGGAGCGGGCCGCGGCCCCUCUCGGCCACGCCACGCCGGUGCGCUGCGGGUUCCCCUGCAAUCCUGUAAAAGGAACACUUGGAUUCUUCACUUGCAUUCAACACACAGAUUUCAGAACGAUCAUUUGAAUUGCGGAAGAUGUCAUCUGGCCUUACAGAAGAACAGAAAAGAAAAAUUGAGGCGAAUAGGCAGAAGGCCUUGGCUAGGAGAGCAGAGAGACUAGCAGCCCAGCAAGGAGGGCCUAGUGGGCUCAUAAGCCAACAAUCCAACCAGCAGAAUCCAAACUACAGAGGAAACCUGGAACAUCAGUGUUUGAAACAAGAAAACAAUCAUGUUCGGUUCAUUAGCCAGCACCAACAGAAUCUCAGCAGCCAUGUGGCACAGACGAGCUAUGUUCAGAAAGGAAAUAAUCACCUUAACCCACCCCAGCAGACCUCUGGUUCACGCAGCAUGCAACAGGAGAACUGUUCGGAGGACUCAGGCCGAGUGUCACAGAGUCAAAUGUGCAGCACUAAGCAGUACCUCUCGAUAGUCGAGAAUUCUUUGAGUUAUUGCCCUCAAAGUUACUCAGGUGCUGAACCACCCCAGGUCCACCCAGCAUUCAAAAAACCGACAGAAACGUCUCAUCCGAAAUUAACUGCUAAUGAGCACCCAGGUGAUGUUAAAGGUUUGCAAAGUCUAAACAAAUCUGCCAGUGGACAUGUUGGCAUUAAAUACCUGCCGCUAUCGAGCGGCGCUACCUCGAGUGAUUCCGAAAUGUCAACAAAUGCAGGGAAAGCCGCCAGAAAGGACGGUGGUAGCAUCUCACGGUUCUGUGGUACGGUGCAGUCACUCACUCCGUUGAAGGAGGGUAAGAUGCAGAAGGUGGCCAGUUCUGGUGGUGUGGGCUCUAUCUUGGAUGCAUCCGAUCAAAGAAAAACACACCGUGUUAUCACAGGAAGGUGUGUGAAACACAGAGAAGACCGAUUCCAGGUGGAAGUAGGCUACAAUGCUGAACUCAUUGCUGUGUUUAAGAGCAUACCUAGCAAAAUUUAUGAUCCUGCUAUGAAGAUGUGGAAUUUUAGUUUAGAAGACUACAGGAGUCUCAUGGAAGCAGUGAAGCCGCUUUCCUCGGUGAUUUUGGUGCCAUUGGAAGAGAUGGAUACAGCUGGCCCAGCGGCGUGUUCUCAGUCUGGCAGCAGCAGUCCUAGCUUGAAAUCCUUCUUGAAGAUGUGCAGCGGUUGGCAGAAACCCUCUGCCCCCGUCAAGGGGAAAUGUGUUCUGAUCUCGCGCUCCCGCUUUGAGGUUGAUAUUGGGUACGCUGCAGAAAUGAUUGACGUUUUUAAACGGAUGAAUUCCAGGAAUUACGACAUGAAGACCAGAAAAUGGAGUUUCCAGUUGGAGGACUACCCAAGGCUAAUGGAAGCUGUACGGAGCCUUCCGUCGGUAGAGGUAGAGCCGCUGCCCAAGUCGGUCAUACAAGUCUUUGCUCCUCUGCUUGACAAGCCUGCCUUGAGUGCCUCAGACACUCCCGAAGCCGACCUUUCAGCCGUGGACUCCAAAAUUGUGCUGAGCCUUAUGCCCUUUCAAAGAGAAGGCGUGAAUUUUGCCAUCUCCCGAGAAGGCCGUUUGCUUCUUGCGGAUGACAUGGGCUUGGGGAAGACGAUCCAGGCGAUCUGCAUUGCAGCGUAUUACCGAAAGGAGUGGCCGUUGCUGGUGGUAACCCCUUCGUCAGUGCGAUUCACCUGGGCAGAGGCGUUUCAUAGGUGGCUUCCCUCCCUGAACCCAGACAGCACCAAUGUCGUGCUGACAGGUAAAGACAACCUGUCAGCAAAAUUGAUCAACAUCAUCAGUUUUGACCUCCUCAGCAAGAUGGAGAAGCAGCUCAAAGACACUUUCCAAGUUGUCAUUAUUGAUGAAUCUCAUUUCCUAAAGAACACAAAAACCGCACGCUGCCGAGCUGCAAUGCCUCUUCUUAAGGCUGCUAAAAGGGUGAUCUUGCUGUCGGGAACCCCGGCUGUGUCGCGGCCCGCGGAGCUUUAUACGCAGAUCGUGGCUGUCCGACCAGCCUUCUUCCCUCAGUUCCACUCCUUCGGACUCCGCUACUGUGAUGCCAAGCAGAUGCCAUGGGGCUGGGUCUACUCCGGGUCUUCCAACCUAGGAGAACUGAAGCUUUUACUGGAAGAGUCGGUCAUGAUCCGCCGCCUGAAAUCUGACGUGCUCUCUCAGCUUCCAGCAAAGCAGCGCAAAAUGGUUGUGGUGUCUCCGGACGGAAUUAAUUCAAAGACUAAGGCUGAGCUAGCCGCUGCUGCAAAUGACAUGGCCAAAGGAUACACAAAUAAGCAACAGGAGAAGGAAGCGCUAUUCCUCUUCUAUAACAGAACCGCAGAAGCCAAAAUCCGUGCCGUGAUAGAAUAUAUCCUGGAUUUACUGGAAAGUGGGAGACACAAAUUCCUGGUGUUUGCUCAUCACAAGACAGUACUAAAUGCAAUAAGCAAAGAGCUGGAGAAAACACACGUGGGGUACAUUCGCAUUGAUGGCUCCACAUCUUCUGCCGAGCGCCAGUCUCUGUGCCAGAAGUUCCAGUUCUCCGAGAAGCACUCUGUGGCUGUCUUGUCCCUCACUGCUGCCAACACGGGGCUGACGCUUUCUUCAGCCGACUUGGUGGUGUUCGCGGAGCUGUUCUGGAACCCUGGGGUUUUGAUUCAAGCAGAAGAUCGGGCGCAUCGAAUUGGCCAAACCAGUUCUGUUGACAUUCACUACCUGGUGGCGAAAGGCACGGCUGAUGACUACUUAUGGCCCAUGAUUCAAGAGAAGAUAAGAGUGCUGGGUGAAGCUGGUCUUUCUGAAGCCAGUUUCUCUGAAACCGCGGAAGCCACUAAUUACUUCUACAAGCAAGAUCCGAAGCAGCAGACCAUUUACGACCUUUUCCAGAGGACCUUAUCGGAACAGGGAGACGACCUCGACGAAGCUUUGCUCGUGGAGGCGGUCGACGCUUGCCAGGCGUCUGAGCCCAGGAGUGCGGGAGUGGACCCCUCCUCGACGAGUCCAUGUAAGAAACGGCGUCUGGAAGAUUUUUUUACCAGACGAUAACCAGAAAGGAAGAGACACUUAAAAGAUCUUUAUUUAUGUUUUAAAAAACUCCACAGAAUCAUUGUAUUAUUUUGAGUUUCCAAAAAUAAAACACAUGAAUGGGUUUGAGAA